UUAGACCCAAGGUUGUGUUAACAAGAUGAAAGAAAUUUAAAGGAAUAAGUUGUAGGAUGGACAGGGAAGAUCAACGUAGAUAUCUUGUGGUUGGAUCUGUCAUUUUAGAAGUAGUAACUCCUAUGUUCCAACAGAAGAUUGAAAAUGAGUAUACAACUGGUGGGUUUAGAUCCCUUCAGGCAUUUAUCAACAGUCAACAAGUUAUUCAUAUCCUUUUUCACCUACGACACAGAAACUCAUGGUGUUGUAAGGACAAAGCAAACUGUCAUAACCCUUCUGCACUGCCUUUGGUUUACUGCCAAUGGAACAUGUUGUAUUCUGAAAAUCCAGGACCUGGUAUCCACAACUGUCACUGUAAAUUCACAGCAAAUUCUGUUCAACUUAAUGAACUUGAUAUCAGCCUUUCCAGUCUGAUAUUGUUAAACUGUUGUAACCUAUCACAACCUGAAGAGGAAGCUGUUCAAUUGUUACGACAAUACAAGAAUGAUUACUUGAGUCAUAAUACGACAGGUUGUAUUACCCAAACUGAAUACAACACGCUAUGGCCAGACAUAGUCACUUAUGUCCUGCGGCUUGAUCCCACUAAACAGGAUGACCUUGUUAGGAUAGAAAACAGACCAUUAGAUGAGUCAUUGUGUAAAAAAUACUUCACAUGCCUUCUUGACCUUCAUCAACAGUUAGAAGAGAUAAAAUCAACCAUGCAAAAUUUGCAUUCAUCCAUCCAAGCUGUCAGUUCUUCCAUAAUCGGACUGCACAGUUCUGCCCAGACAACAGUUCAAGGAAUAGAUACAACAGUCCAAAGGAUGGAUACAACAGUCCAAGGGAUGGAUACAACAGUCCAAGGAAUGGAUACAACAGUUCAAGGAAUGGGAAACUCCAUUCAAGGAAUAGAAACAUCUGUACAGCAAACAAAUGACCUUCUUAAAGAACUCCUACAGAAAGGUUUGACAUGUGAAUGUGGCAGACAAAUCAUCUUUCCUCUCUAUAAUGAUCAACCUAGAAAACACAGAAAGCAGUAUCAUCUAGGACAAAAUAUCUUCUACCUCCAUCAACAGCAUAAUCUUGAGCCACUUAUCAAGGAUGACAAGAUAACAGUGGUUAGUGAUGUAAAGAUGAUGGAUGACGGUCGACUGGUGUCUUGUAUACCAUACAAGAACAGCAUACUGAUCUGUAACACUGAUGGAUCACAUACAUAUAGUAUAUCUGUACAGGGGGGUGAACCAGUGUAUGUUACAAUAGUCAACAACUCUACAGUGGCUGCUUUAGUUGUGAAACUGUUCAGUUUUGAAAUAAUAGAGGUGUAUGACAUAAACAAUAAACAAAAACUUAAAUCCAUAUCAGUACCUGGCAUGAUGUUUUUUUAUGGCAUUACAAUGAUAAACAACAAGUUAGUAGUAGGUAGUUCAAAUAGACUACUGAUUGUUGAUUAUCAGACAGGAGAGACAGUACAAACAAUAGAAACAGGCUGCAGACCAUACAGGAUACAUGCUUCUGGUGACAGAAUAUUCUUCAGUGACCUCUCUGUGAUUCACCCAAAAAAGACACCAAAGAUGUACUGUUGUUUUGAUAACAAAGUAUUUACUGAAACAUUACCAUCAGAUCCAUACUCUUUUACCUCUCUACAAGAUGGUAGUGUGUAUGUGCUCUAUGAAGAUGGUUUAAUACUCCAUGUAUCAAAUGAUUUUAAACAUGUGAAAAAAGUCAAAAUAAACAACAAAGAAGUGCUGAAUGAUCAUUGUAUUAUCAGCUACAACACAAAGCAAAAUAAGAUGGUUGUACUUAAAGGAAAUAUUCUGAGCAUCUUUCAUGAGGGCAUAGGACAUUUGAGUGAAAAUAAAUAAUGCACAUAGGGUCAUUUAAGGGCCAACCUCAUAGGACAUUUGAGCCCCAGAAUAUUAACCUUACCUGGAUUUUCCAAUAGGACAUUUGAGCGCAAUUUUCUGUGAUAUUUUGAUAUGUAUUAACAGAAUAUUUAAAAAAAAUAAUAAGAAAAAAUAGUAAGUUUUUGAAAUAAAUAUAUUUUAUUUGAUUUAACAUCUGAGUUAUUCAGAAAGUUGGAUUCAGACGAAAAUAAAAAGAGGUAGAUUCAGAUAUCAGUAAAUGGCUGAAAGGAGUGUUUGGGAUACUUUCUUAUAUCCAAAUGUUGUUUUUUUACAAUUAAAAUAUGUUUUAAACUUUGUGUGUUAUAAACUCGACAUUUUAUUAACUAUAUCCUGCUUGAAAUCCUACUUCCAGUGAGCAGGGGUAACAGUUAAUAUAUGGUAUAUUUUAUUUCGCUCAAAUGUCCCAUGCCUAUUUUUAUUUUCACUCAAAUGUCCUAAAAUUCAGGUGCUAAAAUGUCCUAUACUUUGGGGCUCAAACGUCCUUUUUUAAUUGCUCUAACAGUAAGCCUUAUGACAUAUCUUCAUAAGAGUAUCAUUGUCAGACAUAAAUAACUUGUCUAUGUUCACAUAUAAGUGAGAAAUCCACAUGACAAAAAAAACUAUAAUUUUUUUUCAAGCAGUUGUUGAACCAUGAAAAUGAGAUCAAGGACAAUGGACAUACAACAGAUGGAAACUUCGUAACAUAAGGUAUCUGCAAAAAAGAUAUGAAUCAUCCAGGUCUUCUACCUUCUGAAAUAUAAAGCUUUCUACAAAUAAUUUACGCCACCGCUACCCAAUAGUAAUACCUAAGUCUCGAAAGGCCAAAAAACAAAUUGAAUGCUCGACUUUAAGUCAAAACUUUGACCAAUCUAGACAGAAUGGCGAUUAGAUAGAUUUUUAAGAGGAUUAUUAAGAAAAGCUUUUCACAUUUGUCUUAUGUGUCUUCAUGUACACUUGUCUUAGAGUUGCUGGACCAUUAAUAUUUUUUAAGGUAUAAAUACUUUAUAUUAAGUCUCAAUCAAGUGAACUUAUAAAUCAAAAUACUAUAUCUUACUUUUAUAAAAAUCUUUAAUGUAUUGCACUUGUGAUUAAUCCUCUUUAAAAUUCAGGCCAGUAUUUCAUAUUACCUAGUAUUUUGCAGUAUUACCCUGUAAAACCUAGGUUUUUCCAGUAUUUCAUACUGGGCUGAGCAAUACUCAUAAAACCUGGGUUAUUGCCAACCCCGACAUAUUUUGUACAGAAUAUUCUGAAACGGAAUUCAAUCAGCUAGAAAGGUAGAAGAAAAUGACACGUUAUUAAUUUCUUUUGUUUGAAGUGCUUGUAAACAGUAAAAUCUAGGGUUGGGUAAGAAAUAACAAUGAAGUCAGAUACAGAUGUCAGUAUAUAUGCUUCAAUGGUAAAAUCUGAAGCUAGAUGAGUAUAGACAAUUAAGUCUUGACCUUCAUAUAUACUACAUUGAAUUUUACAUGCUUAAAAGGAAGGAACAUGAGUUAAUACUGUACUGAAGUAAUUCAGAUACAUGACAGGUCAUAUAAAACAAUCUUACCUUUUAAGCUGCCCAACCAUUGAAACUUUGGCUGAUUCUACAUUUCUUAUUUGUCCUGCUCUAACACUAAAACAAAAA